AUGGGCAGGCGAGAGUAUCUCGCUCUCCUGGGCUCUUUGUUCCUUGUCUUCCUCGAAGUUCCUGUCCGCAUAAUCACACUGCUACUACCACAACCCAUCAUCCGUUUCUGCUACAAUCGAUCAAAGAACCUCUUCAAUCGUCUCUCUUCCCAAGAUUCCAUUCGAGCCAGGUCAGAGCGAAGUUCGAUAUCUCGCCCUAUUGCCCAUGCAUCGGAUUUUACCGACCUCUGUGCCUUAUUUGGCUACCGUGCUGAGGAGCAUGUCGUUCAGACGGCGGAUGGCUACCUCCUUGGAAUUCACCGCUUGCCCUACAAGAAGGGAGAAGAGCAGGAAGGCCACCUGGUCAACUCUGGUCAGAGAUCGAUAACAAAGCCUGUCGUGUAUCUGCACCAUGGAUUACUCAUGAAUAGCGAGGUAUGGGUGUGCAUUACCGAAGAAGAGAGGUGUCUCCCCUUCGUCUUGGCCGAGCAUGGCUAUGAUGUCUGGUUGGGGAACAACCGAGGAAAUAAAUACAGCAAGAAGUCGACCCGAUUUUCGCCUUCCUCUGCCGACUUCUGGAACUUCUCAAUGGAUCAAUUUGCCUUCCACGACAUUCCUGACAGCAUAGAUUACAUCCUCGCCACCACUUCUCAACCUUCACUCUCCUACAUUGGCUUCAGCCAGGGUACUGCUCAGGCCUUUGCCACGCUUUCAAUCCAUCCUCCUCUAAAUGAAAAGGUCAACCUUUUCAUUGCUCUGGCACCUGCAAUGUCCCCAGCUGGCCUGAGCAAUGGUUUCGUUGACUCCCUUGUCAAAGCCUCACCCGAUGUCCUUUUCCUCACGUUUGGCCGGAAAUCCAUACUCUCCUCUGCCACCUUUUGGCAGUCAAUACUCUACCCACCCAUCUUCGUCCGCGUGAUCGACAUUGCUCUCUGCUUCCUCUUUGCCUGGUCUUGUCGAAACAUAACUCCGCAUCAAAAACUCGCUGCAUAUCCCCAUCUUUACAGCUUCACCAGCACAAAAUCCGUGGUGCAUUGGUUUCAGAUAAUUCGAAACAAGUCGUUCCAAAUGUAUGACGAUGACUCUUCACGCGCCUUCAGCAUUGGUGCCUCGGACCGGUAUUACAAAGUGGCCAAAUUCCCAACCAGAAAUAUCAAAACGCCUAUCGUACUCGUCUAUGGCGGUAGCGACUCCCUCGUUGAUAUCAAAGCCAUGCUGCGCGAAUUGCCCAAACACACAAUGGCAUUCGAAGUGAAGCAUUUCGAACACCUUGACUUUCUCUGGGCCCAAGAUGUCGACACGCUUGUCUUUCCACACGUCCUCAACGCAUUGGGGUAUUACUCUCAAAACGACACAAAUAGCAGCAAUGGUAUGCCACGACUGCCAGGUCUUUCGUUCGCAAACGCAAACACAGCGAGGCUGAGAGCAGGAAGCUGGAGUGCCUCCGAAGACGAGCGAAGUCCUUCUGAUUUUGACUGGGCAAUGGAUUCGCCGACGCGGAUCGAGAACAGGAAGAGUGCGGCACGCGUGGCAAGAGAGCGACAAUACAUCUCAGCCACCAACAACUCGCCCCUGCGGCCAGACUCUCCCUUCGUUCCAGCCUGGGAGAUCGGUAAUCCACUCCCAAGGAAAGCUGUUGCGUGUAGUAGCAACGGCCACGGCCACAGCAGGGAGAAAGGAGAUGCUCUCGGAACAGCUGUCCCCUCUAACACUGCUGUCACUGCUACUGCGGCUCCACCACCCCUCCCACCACGCAUGCAAAAGCAGACUGUCGAAUCCUGGAGGCCGAAUACAUCGCAGUCCGGCUCGGAUUCCGAAAGCAGGAAGCCACCAUGGAAUGACAGCCUUCGAUCAAGGAAGAAAACAAGAGACAGAGCAGGGUCCGGCUCCAGCCGGGAAACGGCAAGCAACAGUCCUGGGAGGGGCCCAUUGGCAGCGAGGUUCGGCAAUCAUGGAAUCAGGCUUGGGACCAGUCAGCCCAGUGUCAGUGUUGUAGGAUCGGGUGGGAUGGAGGUGGAGGAUGAGGUCUUCACCACGGGUCCCCGCCGCCAGCAGCAGCAGCAGCAGCAGCAAAAACCGGCCGAUCACGUUAAGAUAUUUGCGUCAUGCCUUUCUGCUGCUUUGCGCAAGAUAAUUCGUAAGUCAGGUAAACUCGGCUCGAAACACCAAGGCCAGGCCAUCAUCUCCCGCGGUGACGAUUCUCGCACCAUCGUCCGCGCCCUGCACGAAGCCUAA